AUGAAGUUUGGGAAGGAGUUCACGUCACAAAUGGUUCCGGAAUGGCAAGAAGCAUAUAUGGAUUACAAUCUUCUCAAGGCCCUUCUAAAAGAAGUGGAGCGUUUCAAGCUAAGGAACAAGCCACCAGCCACACCCGCUCGGCUAAUGCGAAAGCUAACACUUUACAGAGCUUUCAGUGGCCUAACUCACUUUGCAAGGAACGGCCACCCCACGACCUCCUCUGAAUCUGAUGUUGAAAGCCAAGCUAUUCUCGUCAAUUCAGUAGAAGAAAAUGGCUCUGCAGGCUAUGAAACUACGUUUCUCAUGUUAGGAGAGGAGGGGGCAGAAUACGAGCUUGUGUACUUUAGAAGACUUGACGAUGAGUUCAAUAAAGUUAACAAGUUUUACAGGUCUAAGGUGGAAGAAGUGAUGACUGAGGCAGCAUCAUUGAAUAAGCAAAUGGACGCUUUAAUCGCUUUUCGGGUCAAGGUGGAGAAUCCGCAAGGUUUGUUUGAUAGAUCGGCAGAGAUGACUCGCCUUUCCAUGGAUGUUGCAACUUCAACGGCUGCUUUAUCGGCUACUACUCCAUCCGGGGCUAAAGCAAGCAGAAGAGAAGUUCACAUGGAUGCAAUAGAUCAAGAAGGUGGAUCAAUCAGCAACCAUGAGCAAUCAGAUGAACCAAGUGAAGGAGCGCCAGUGAAGGAAAAGAUCCAAACUACCAACCAUAGCAUUCUAAAAGAGAAGCCAAAUAGCAUUAGGGCCACUAGGCCAGCUCCAUUACAGAUACUUAAUCGGGUGAAAAUAAACAACACUGUGGAGACUCCUCGUUCCACCAUCAAAGGAUUCCUUAAUCCUCAGCCAACAGCUCUAAACUUCACAAGAGAGAAUCUGGAAAGGGUUGAGCGAAAACUUAAGCAGGCUUUCAUUGAAUUUUAUCAUAAGCUUCGCCUUCUAAAAAGUUACAGCUUCUUGAAUAUUUUGGCUUUUUCAAAGAUCAUGAAGAAAUACGAUAAGAUUACUUCUAGAGAUGCUUCAAAAUCUUACUUGAAAAUGGUGGACGAAUCCUACCUUGGCAGCUCUAAAAAGGUUAGCAAGCUAAUGGAGAGGGUGGAAGCUACCUUCGUCAAGCAUUUCUCCAACUCAAACCGUAGUAAAGGGAUGAACAUCUUGAGGCCCAAAGCAAUGAAAGAAAGGCAUAGAGUAACAUUUUCCCUAGGUUUCUUUGUUGGCUGCACAGCAGCUCUAAUAGUGUCCCUCAUUUUGAUCAUACGUGCCCGCCAUCUCCUUGAUCUUAAGGAAGAGGGAGCACAGUACAUGGAAAACAUGUUUCCUCUUUACAGCUUGUUUGGGUUCAUUGUUCUGCACAUGCUCAUGUACGCUGGGAAUAUAUACUUCUGGACGCGAUACCGUGUCAAUUAUUCAUUUAUACUGGGUUUCAAGCAAGGAACUCAAUUGGGCCACCGAGAAGUUCUCUUCCUUGGUUUUGGGCUUGCAGUGUUAGCACUAGCGAGUGUGCUGUCAAACCUGGACUUGGAGAUGGACCCAAAAACAAAAGAUUACGAAGCAGUCACUGAACUCAUUCCCCUGGGUUUACUUUUGCUUGUGAUUGCCAUAUUGCUCUUCCCGCUGAACAUCAUAUAUCGCUCCAGUAGAUUCUUCUUUCUCACAUGUUUGUUUCAUUGUUUUUGUGCACCUCUCUAUAAGGUCACACUCCCAGAUUUUCUCUUGGCAGAUCAGCUAACUAGCCAGGUGCAAGCAUUGAGAAGUCUGGAGUUCUACAUUUGCUACUAUGGUUGGGGAGACUACAAACAUAGACGGAACACCUGUAAAACAAAUGCUGUGUAUAAUACUUUCUACUUCAUUGUAGCUGUGGUUCCAUACUGGUCUCGCCUUCUUCAGUGCCUCAGACGCCUGUUUGAAGAGAAAGAUCCGAUACAAGGUUAUAAUGGGCUAAAAUAUUUCUCAACCAUAGUAGCCGUUAGUCUGAGGACAGCAUACAGUCUUAACAAGGGAAUGCGUUGGAGGAUCGUCGCCUGGGUUUCCUCAGCAAUUGCUGCAAUCGCUAGUACAUACUGGGACCUUGUUUUUGACUGGGGCUUACUCCAAAAGCAUGCUAAGAACCGCUGGUUGAGAGACAAACUCCUUGUCCCUCACAAGAGUGUAUAUUUUGGAGCUAUGGUUUUGAAUGUCUUGCUGAGAUUUGCCUGGUUGCAAACGGUGUUGGAUUUCCAGUUUUCUUUCAUACAUAGAGAAGGCUUAAUUGCAAUUGUAGCCAGCCUUGAGAUUAUCCGUCGUGGCAUAUGGAAUUUCUUCAGGUUGGAGAAUGAACAUUUAAAUAAUGUUGGCAAGUACCGGGCAUUCAAGUCGGUUCCACUACCUUUCAACUACGAUGAAGAUGAGGAGAGGGAUGGGUAGCUUUGCCUCCACAAGAAAAACUUGAUCAUAUGUGACCCUAUAAUUUAAGAAGCACAGGCAAUACUGU